AUGAGGAAAUAUCCUGAAUUAUGCCUCUUGCUCGUGUCUCCGAGCAUGUCCCUUGGUCGGAUUUAUUACUAUGCUGACAGCAUCUAUAGCUCAGCAGGAGUGGCUGACGAGCACGUUCAGUAUGUGACGGCUGGAACAGGAGCAGUUAAUGUCUUCAUGACAAUAGCAGCUGUGUUCAUAGUGGAGAAAUCUGGCAGAAAGUUGUUGCUACUGAUCGGCUUUGGUGUCUGCUGUGGAGCCUGUUCUUCUGACUGUAGCACUUUACUUCCAGGUGCUAUUCCUAAUGUAAUCACUACAGAGAUGUUCCGGCAGUCUUCUAGACCACCAGCCUUCAUGGUGGCUGGCUCGGUUCACUGGCUCUCAAACUUCACAGUCGGCCUGGUCUUCCCCUUUCUAGAGAGAGGCCUGGGCGCUUACAGCUUCAUAAUGUUUGCCUGCAUCUGUCUUGCCACACUUAUAUACAUCUGGGUGAUCAUCCCAGAGACCAAAAACAAGACCUUUCUGGACACCAGCAAGCUUUUUGCUCAGAGAAACAAGGUGGACAUUGUGGUGGAGGCUGGGGACUCUGAGGUCAAAGAGACUGGAGGGGAAAGCAGCGAACAGGAGAUGAAAAACACAUUUCUCUGAAUGGAUAAGGAGUUGUUUACACAGGACAUGUUCUUGCGUUUGUCUGCAACGCUUUGAAUUGUUUUAAUGCACUUUAUUUUUUUAGUGUCUGCCGGGUUUUGAAAGCAAGAACAGGUCCUGUAUUAUAACAUUAAAAUAUUGUGCCUUUUCAUUGUCAUCUUUAU